GUAUUCCGGUGUCGAAGCUGAAUGUGAAAGGCUUCAUCGGGAUGAAGAAGAAAUCGGCCAAAGAGCCGAAGAAGAAAGGGGCGGAUCUCCAGAAGACCGUUGAUGAAACCUUGUCGAGGGGUUCUGUGCCCUCGGGUUUGCCUGCUGAUGAGGUCGCCGAUGCUGCCAAGAGGAAAGCAGCCGGCAAGGACGCCGCCCCCUUCGACAAGAAGGCGAAGAAGCGGGAGACCGGGACGAAGGCUCCCCCGGUCUUGAUAGUCGAUGACCAGCCGACUUCUGAGCCCCCGGUUGUGGCGGCCUCGGCUUCGGUCGAAGCUCCAUCGCAAGUCUCCCCCCUGGAGGUUGUCGACCCGAAGGCGUUCUUGAGGAGCAUUGCUGCGGGGAUGGACAGGUCAACCCUCGGCACUUAUGACGAUGAUGCCCUCGAAGACAAGAUCCUCUGGUCUUCCUUGACUGCUUGCAUUGCCCUCGGGGAGCAGUCCCGGAGGUUAGAGGAGUGGCACCUUCAUAAGGCCGAGCAGGAUGAGAAGAUGAAGAAGCUCAUCCAUCAGAAUUCUGAUGUCGUAAGGCAGAUGGCCCAGCUGGAGGAGAGCCUUCGGCAUAUGGAGCUGCAAGUGGAGGCAGUUAACCGGGGCAAGGCCGAAGCCGAGAGGUCUGCUGCUGAGGCCAUAAAGAAGGCUGCCGAGGAGGCCGAGGCCGCCAAGGCGGAGGCUGUCGCCAAGGCGCGGGAGGAUGCCCUCUGUGAGUUUCUGGAGGAGGGGUGGAAGGCCGAGGGACGUAAGCAGUGGGUGUCCUCGGUUGUGGAGGCGUCCGUUGAAGAGUGGUGUGAGGGCCCCGGUGUGGAGUGGUUGGCUCGAAAGGGCAAAGAAUAUUACGAAGGGGGCGAGUUCUUUACUCAGGCCCUCAUCUACCGGAGGAUGGACCGGCACUUGAAAAUGGAGCCUAAAGACUUCGAUCCGGCAGCAUACGGCCUUCCUCCCCUGCAGCCAGAUGUUCGCGUGCCCCUCCCCCCAGACGUUGAGAGGCCAGAUUUGGAGGAUUCGGAACUCAUGAAGGACGCCGAGGGCGAAGGGGAGGCCUGAGAGGAAGUAACAUUGAUGCCUAUGGUAGAGGAUGCCUCCAGGGCAAUCAAUGCUUAAUUUGUACUUAGAAAUUUCUUGUAACAAACAUUCGUAUGCUUCCGACAUCGGCCUGCAAACAAUUUUUUAUUCCCUGUUAAUGUAUGAAUGCCUGCCUUCGGGAUCUUGAUGCUUUAACUUGCUC